UUGGAGCAAUUUGUUUAUUGCUGAAAUUGGAUUAUUGGCGACUGGAGCAAAAUUUUCAAGUUGAGAUUCAGUGUUAUUUUUUUUUAUACUGCGCAGCAAAGAAAACAAUUUAAUAGAGAACGAUACCAGCGAAUGAUAUAUCUGUACAUAAAUCAUGUCUUCACUUGGAGAGCUUAAAAAGUUAAGACUGAUACACUUAUGCAUUGCCGUCACUUUCUUCAUAUCCGGAUUGGUGAUAAAUCUGCUGCAGUUAAUAUUACAUGUGGGAUUGAAACCUUUCAAUGUUGUGCUCUUUCGGCGCAUCAUGUACUAUCUCUGCUAUUCGCUGAACUCACAACUGCUAUUUUUCGCUGAGUGGUAUUCGAAUAGUAAAUUACAUGUUUAUAUGGACCCCGAUGACUUCAAGAAAUACAGUGGUAAAGAACAUUGUAUGCUUAUGAUGAAUCAUGCAUAUGAAGUCGAUUGGCUGGCCGGUUGGAUGUUUACCGAAAAGAAUGGCGUUUUAGGCAAUUGUAAAGCGUAUGCAAAGAAAGCCAUUUCCUAUGUGCCUGCAAUCGGUUGGGCAUGGUAUUUCGCUGAAUUUGUGUUUUUGGAACGUUCAUACGACAAGGAUAAGGAGAUAAUUGCACGUCAACUAAAGGAGGUGUUUGCCUAUCCAGAUCCUGUAUGGUUGCUGUUGAAUGCUGAGGGUACCCGCUUCACGCCGAAGAAACACGAGGCUUCUGUUAAAUUCGCACAGGAGCGUGGUAUGCCUGUAUUAAAGCACCACUUGAUACCGCGCACAAAGGGCUUCACUGCAAGCUUACCCACCUUACGUGGCCGUUGUCCAGCCAUCUAUGAUAUUAACCUGGCCUUCAAAAAGGAUGCUAAGAAUCCACCAACUAUCUCUACACUGCUGAAUGGACUUCCGAUAGAGGGUUUCAUGUUUGCACGUCGCAUUCCACUCGAGAGUGUGCCUGAAGACGAGACAGCGGCUGCUGAGUGGCUACAAAAUUUAUUCCGCGAAAAGGAUCGCAUUAUCGAUAGUUUCCAUACAACAGGCAGCUUCUUUGAAACCUCUGGCUUUAAGGAAGUGCCUGUAAUGCAUUUUAAAUAUCGGCCAUAUAAUUUUUUGAAUUUUGCACUCUGGGCUGUAUUCUCGAUAUCACUAAUACUCUACUAUUUGGUGUCUUCAUUUUUGUCUCAAAAUUGGAUUGGCCUUUCGAUUGCUGUCGGCAUACUAUUAGCGAUCUACAUACUUAUGGUUAAGUCGAUCAAUAUGUCGAAAAUCAGCAAAGCUUCAUCUUAUGGCUCCGAAACACCAACGCAACAACAACAAAAGUCGAAGUAACUCAAAUGUUGAAAGAGGGCUUGCGGGCAAACAACUUGUAAGCGUCCAUAAGUUACAAAUUUUAUCAAAUAUGCAUAAGCGUACACACAAAAUAAAGCGUACAAGCGAUAUGAUUAGAAGAGUAUCUUAUACAAACAAACAUACAUAUAUAGCCGUAAAUGUAUUUUCACAAUAUCAUGUUAAAGUGAAAGAAGUGGAUUCAAUUUUUAUUUAAAAAAAAAAAAUCGGGCAAUGUUCAUGUGUAAUUGAAAUAUGCUUGCAAAUAUAUAUAUGUACAUACAUGCAUAUAUAAAAAUAUAUAUACAUACAUGUCUGUGAACAAAUUUAUAGCAAAGUAAGUGGAGAUCCCAUUAGAAUUAUCCUAACUACUAUGUAAUAUUAAUGUUAAUGUGACUUUUGAAAUGUUAACUACAUUUAUACAUACAUACAUACAUACAUAUAUUGCUGACUAGGGCAACAGUUGAAUUGUCAGCUGACUAAUUGAUGUGAAUUAAUUUUUACUUUGAAAGAUAAAUUUAUUUUUAAGAUGUUGUUUCUUUAACGACUUGUAACUCUAUUUUCUAUGGCGAAUGAAGCUAAAAUCAAAGAAGCACAAAACAACAACCACCUACUACAAUUUAAGUGAUUUAAGCUUGUAAACCACCUACCGAAUAAAAUAUCAAAGAAAUACUUCCCAACAUUAGUGUUAAAUGCAAUUUAAUAAUAAUUUCAAAAGAUGAAACUGAGCUUAUGUAAAUAGGACAGCCAAACACUAGAACAAUUUGAAUUUAGUAAAUAAAUGGAAAUGUGUGGCACGUAAACAUUUGCUAAACGAUUUAAAGCUGUGUCUAACUAACAGCAUUGUCCAACAAUUGAUAUUUUGGGGUACAUAUUUUAAUAACUUUUAUGCAUUAAAAGAUUAAAGCGCAAAUGAUGGCUGCAACUAAAUGAGAAGUAAGAUUUAUCUAGUUUGAAGACAAUACUAAAUGAAUAACGUUUCCUCAUUCUGAUGAAUUUGAGUUAAAAAAAAAAAGUUAUUUAGUAGCAGAAAAAAUAUUUCAUUGUUUUCCAAAAACGUAUUGUUCUAUAUUAGAUAAAUAGUAGUGAAAUCUUUUGACUAAGAAGCCGCAUGUUUUGUAAUCUGAAAAUCAUGUUAGGAGUAUGCAAACGCAUAUAAUCUUCCAGAAAGUUAUAUUUUUUUUUUAUCAGAAACGCAUCAGAAGGGUAAUUUACAUUUAUUUCUUUUUCAGGUU